CAGCAGUUACCGUGUGCUGUGCAGAUACACAGCUCCCAGUGAACAUAUAUUAUUUUGAGCCGGAUCUCCCAAAGCCACUUGCAGGUUCUUCAGUAUCUAAAAAGUCAAAUAUGUCAUCUUGUGGAAAUUUGGGAAUUGAUGAAUCUUGUAUAGUUGUGCAGUCAAAUGUUAGUUAUGGGAUCAGAUUUUUAUAUCAGAGUAUGGAAUGUGAUAAUUGUUCAUUGUUACAGCUGAAUCCUUUGGGACCCUUUAAAUCACAGAAAAAAAUAUUGAAGUUUGCUUCAUUAGGUACUGUGUGGCAAGUAGUUGAUGAGGAAAAUAAAACCAUAUGCAGUAAAUCUCAUAAUUACUUAGGAGAAAAUUCAUCAUACCAUAUUAUUGUUAAUGACAAGAAUUGUUCUCUUGUCUGUGAAAAGGAACCAGAGGCAGUUUACAUUCCCAUUUUAAUUGCUAUUGGAAUAUAUUUUCUACUUGCUGUUAUAUGGAUGCUUGGGAAAUUUAUUUACAGAACAGAAGUAAUAAAUCGUCUGCUUCACCGGGAUUCCAUGGAUGUAAGUGUUGACCUGACUGCAGCAUAUUCUUCUACUAGUUCCAUCAAUGACAGCAAGAAACAGAAACCUGUGCAACGUAGGCUACGUUCUCUGGACACUGUGCGAGGAAUAGCUAUUGUUAUCAUGAUCUUUGUGAAUUAUGGUGGCGGGAAAUAUUCCUUUUUUCAUCAUUCGCGAUGGAAUGGCUUAACUAUUGCUGAUGUAGUUUUCCCUUGGUUCAUUUGGAUGAUGGGAAUGUCUAUGGCCAUGUCACUUAGAUCUCUUUUGAGAAAAUCAGUGCCUCGAAAAAAAAUCUUCUUAAAAAUUGUUAAGCGAUCUAUAAUUUUAUUUGCCCUUGGAUUAAUGCUGAAUACCUAUUGUAGAACUGUAAACCUAGCAGAACUGAGAAUUCCUGGUGUGUUGCAAAGGUUUAGUAUAUCAUAUUUUGUUGUUGCAACUGUACAUCUAUUCUAUGCAUCUCCUGAAGAUAUUGACCAGAUGUCUUCGCUGUCUCCAUAUAGAGAUUUAGUUCCGUAUGGUGGAGAAUGGCUUAUUAUGCUAACAUUUUUGGCAAUUCACAUUUUGCUAAUGUUCUUCAUUCAUGGCCCUAACUGUCCUCCAGGAUAUUUCGGUCCCGGAGGAAUGCAUGAUGGUGGUAUGUAUUCUCAGUGCACUGGAGGUGCAGCUGGUUAUGUUGAUAGAGUACUUUUAGGAAACUCUCAUAUAUACCAGAAACCGAGUUUUAAAACAAUUUAUCAUAGUACACAACCUUAUGAUCCAGAGGGUAUUCUAGGAUUUUUCACAUCAAUAUUUCUUGUUUUCUUGGGAUUACAGGCAGGAAAAAUUUUAUUGACAUAUAAAGAAUGGAAAGCUCGAGUCAUACGUUGGAUGUUCUGGGCUGUCAUAACUGGGAUUAUUGCAGCCAUUCUGUGCCUGGGCUCUAAGAAUGGUGGCUGGAUACCUGUGAAUAAAAAUUUAUGGUCUGUGUCUUACAUACUAGCCACUGGGAGCAUGGCAUUUACUUUGCUUUCAAUAUGUUACUUUGUCAUCGAUAUUAAAAACUGGUGGAGUGGGGCACCAUUUUACCAUGCAGGAAUGAAUUCCAUAAUGUUGUAUGUUGGACAUUCUAUUACUCACCAGAUGUUUCCCUGGCGCUGGCAAGUUGAACCAUCUCAUAUGAAUGAGUUGUUUAUGAAUUUGUGGGGUACAACUCUAUGGGUUAUAACUGCUAUCUGGAUGCACCAUAAAAGUAUAUUUGUGACUGUCUGAGAGUUUUAACUGUUAAUAUAGAAAGAAAAUUGGAGAAGACCUUUGUAUGUCAAAUUACAUUUCAUGUUAAAAGACAAUUUUAAGAAAUAUGAGGAUAAUUAAUUUUUUUGAGAAGAUCAUUAACUUUUGACCUUUUUUCUCGAAAUAUUAUAUUGAUUAACACCUGUUACAUAUUCAGUAUUACAAAGUGAGUUCUAUGUAAGUACUGCUACAAUGAAUUCUAAUUUUUGCAAAACUCCAGUUUUUUUUUUUUUUUUUUUUUUUUUUUUUUUUUUUUUUUUUUUAAUUGAUGGUGUUUUUAAUGGAAUUUCUAUUUGAAAACUACUGGUUUUAUGAAUUCUUCUGGCCCCUUGGAAGCUUAUGAAAAGAGUGUCCACUGUAAUAACAAAAAUGUUAAUAUAUGAGCUUCAUUUUUCAUUUCCAUGUAUUGUUAAAAAUUUGAAUGGUUCUAAUUUUCUAAAAUAGCAUUAAAAAUAUUUCUAAAUAA